CGAGACAUCAGCAUCAUCCCCGAGCCAGCUCAUGCCCGAGCCAGCAAAGUCCGCGCCCAAGAAGGGCUCCAAGAAAGCCGUCACCAAGACCGCAGGGAAAGGCGGCAAGAAACGCCGAAAGUCGAGGAAGGAGAGCUACGCCAUUUACGUGUACAAAGUCCUGAAGCAGGUCCACCCCGAUACCGGCAUCUCCUCCAAGGCCAUGGGAAUCAUGAACUCGUUCGUGAACGACAUCUUCGAGCGUAUCGCCGGAGAGUCGUCUCGCCUGGCCCACUACAACAAGCGUUCCACCAUCACCUCCAGGGAGAUCCAGACCGCAGUGCGCCUGCUGCUC